CCGCAAAGGCAAAUUUGAACUUUGCAAUUACAAGUAGAAAACCUGAACAAAAGAAACGUUCCUUAACAAAACUGAGUUUCCAACAUUUCAAACAUCACUCAGUUUCAUCAAAAUCAUUUCUGAUCUAAUUCCCUCCACGUAAAACUUGAAAUCAUCAAAGUCUUUCUCUAAUUCUUCUUUUCGAAUCUGUUAUUCUUUGCCUGUUAAAGCGAAUUCUUAUCCGGGUUUUCCAGAUUUGUUUGUGAGUCAGCAUUCAAUAAUUCAUGUAGGUUUUUGUCAAUGUGCCUCCAUUGAGGCGAAGGAUAUCUGCUUUGCAAUGGAUGAGUUACCAGACCAGUUAGUUUGGGAGAUUUUAGGCUGGGUUAGGAAAACUGUAGACAGGAACUCUGUUUCCUUAGCGUGUAAACGCCUUUAUGAACUGGAUAAAGAACAGAGAAUUUCUCUUCGAGUUGGUUGCGGAUUAGACCCUGCAAAUGAAGCUUUGACUUCCCUCUGCAAUAGGUUUCCCAACUUAACAAAAGUAGAAAUCACUUACUCCGGUUGGAUGUCCAAACUGGGCAAACAAAUGGAUGACCAAGGGCUCUUGAUUCUUUCUGGCAACUGCCCUUCACUAAUUGAUCUCACUCUAAGCUAUUGCACAUUCAUCACUGAUAUGGGUCUUCGUUACUUGGCUUCUUGCUCCAAGCUUUCAGCCUUGAAGCUGAACUUUACCCCAAGAAUUACUGGGUGUGGGAUACUGUCCCUUGUUGUAGGCUGCAAAAACCUCACUGUUCUCCAUCUUAUCCGCUGCCUGAAUGUUACCAGUGUUGAGUGGUUGGAAUAUCUUGGCAAGCUUGAAACUGAAGAUCUAUCAAUUAAAAUUGUAGAGCAAUUGGGGGGUGAUUUAAUAAAGUUAGGACCAAGUUGGCAAAAGCUAAAACGGUUGCAAUUUGAGGUGGAUGCUAAUUACCGCUAUAUGAAAGUUUAUGACCGGUUGGCUGUAGAUCGAUGGCAAAGGCAGUGGAUCCCAUAAAAUAUGGAAGAGCUGAGCUUGGUAAAUUGCAUCAUCAGCCCUGGAAGAGGGCUGGCUUGUGUUUUAGGGAAGUGCCAGAACUUGGAGAAGAUUCACUUGGACAUGUGUGUUGGCGUAAGAGACUCUGACAUUGUAAGCUUAGCACAAAAAUCUAGUAAUCUCCGAUCUAUAUCCCUCCGAGUUCCUUCUGAUUUUUCAUUGCCUCUGAUGAACAAUCCAUUAAGAUUAACUGAUGAGAGCAAAGCCAUUGCUCAAAACUGUUUGAUGCUUGAAACGGUGAGGAUAUCUUUCUCCGAUGGAGAGUUUCCUUCAUUUUCGUCAUUUACUUUAAGUGGAAUUUCUAGUGUGAUCCAAAAUUGCCCAGUUCGGGAACUUGCUCUUGACCAUGUCUAUUCCUUUAAUGAUGUUGGGAUGGAAGCUCUAUGCUCAGCUCAGCAUCUAGAACCUUGGACUUGUGAAUGAGAAAUAAGUGAUGAGGGGCUGCAGCUUGUAAGCCAGUUUCCCACCUCCUGUUUGGCGCUGAGCAAAUGUUUAGGGAUUACUGAUGAUGGAUUCAAAACUCUUGUAGGUUCGUACAAACUGGACUUAUUGGCUGUUGAGGAUUGUCCGCAAAUUUCUGAAAGAUCUAUACAUGGAGCUGCUAGAUCUAUAUCAUUCCGGCAGGACUUAUCGUGGAUGUAUUGAACUUUUUAUGGCUUGAGUGGCAUAAUUAUCUGGUUUCUGUUGUUUAUGCAGUCUUCUGUAUCCUUACCGAUUACAAUGAACAUUUCCAGAUGUUGUUGCAUCUGAUUAUUGUAUUACCUUUACAUGAAAUGUAACUGUUGAAAAUAACUUUUGUAUAUGCUAUAGUUAUAUAAUGAUCAUUAAAAAUGCUAUGCAAUCUCAAUAAUUGCUGAAA